UUGCACUUGACCAUUUCUCAUUUGUAAAUCAGCUCUUGUGUUGUGAAGGCGCCAAAUAUAUUACAAUCCAACGAAGGUUCGGCCAGUUAGAACUCGUAUUACGAAGAAACCGUUUAGCAAUUUUUACAUCAUUCUUUCAAUUUAAAUUAGUUAUUUAACUCAAGAAACUACCAAUCAAGUAUGUCCAGUACCAUCCGUUUGCAAUCAUGCGAUGGCCAAGUUUUCACAAUCGAUGCGAAAGUGGCCAAAACUGCAGGCACGAUCAAGAAUCUGCUAGAAGAUUGUGGCAUUGAAGAGGGCAGCGAGACACUUGUACCGUUGCCGAAUGUGAGCGGCUGCAUUUUAGAGAAAAUUUUGGAAUUUGCACGAUAUCACCAAGACGACGCUGUUAAGAUCGACGAUGGCGAUAAGGACAAACGGAAAGAUGACGUUUCGGCGUGGGAUGCAGAAUUCCUGAAAAUGGACCAGGCAACAUUGUUUGAAUUGAUUUUGGCAGCGAAUUACCUAGAUGCAAAGGCACUGUUAGACGCCGCGUGCAAGACUGUAGCCAAUUUGAUUAAGGGCAAAAGUCCGGACGAGAUUCGCAGAACGUUUAACAUUACGAACGAUUUUACGGCUGCUGAAAUGGAACAGGUCCGCAGGGAAAACGAUUGGUGCGAUGCAGAUUAGAAGAGAGUUUGUUCUUGUAACGGUUUUGUAUGCAUUAAACAUUUAAGCUUUUA